UCCAAUAACAGCUGCCUCUCUAGUAGGAGAGAUGGGCUCCAUGGCAUGACAAUAGCAAAAGUAGUCCACAGACAGCCCUAUAUCAAGCGAGCAAGCGGCCACAGCAAGUAACAAAAGACCCCACUACAGACCUGAUUCAAACCCUACUGGAAACAUCAAGAAAGAGUCUUGCAGAUUUCAGGGUAUCUUAGGUUAGAAAGCAUCAUAACCCUGUCUCUGCUCCUAUAAUGGUAGUACUGUCAGCAGUGAUGAUCUAUGUUGUCUGAAAUCAAAGAUUUCUCCAGCCCUAUACCUUCUCAGCAACAAACAACAAACCAUGGUUCACUUUAUAAUCAUAUUAAUGCAAACAAAUGGAGAAAGUGAAAGCAGGUAGGUUUCUCCAUACUUAAAGAAAAGAUGUAACUGUAACUGUAAUUUGCAGUCUCAGUCUACCAGCCUUCUCAUGGCAGGAAAGUUUUGUGCAAAGAGAGAUCACUGGGAAAGGGACUCCUCUGCUUUGCUUCCAUUCAAAAGAAGACAGUGAAAUCCUGUUCCACACAGGGAAAACCUAUUCCUAACAGGUAAAAUAAACUUUUAGUUUUCAUCCAGCUCUUUUCAUCUCAGGUAAUAAAAUCAAGGGAAUUUAUACUGAAUUACCAAUAUUUCCACUGGAAGUGGGUAAAAAAAUCAGCUGAAAAGACACAGGAAUAAAUUUUGCUGGGAGAGAGUAAUUUGGUUUCACAAGUAUCAAAGUUUUAAAAUUCAUUUUAGUUUUUCAAGGGAAUGAAAACAAAACCUCUGAACAUUUUGUCAAAAUGAAAUUGUAGGGAAACACUUCUUACCAUAAAGCACAAUUUUUUCAGCUCUGAUCCUCUCUCUUCCUUUCCUGCUUACCCUCUCACUCUCUGUCACCAGAGGUAGCUGCAGAGCCCUGGAUCACAAACUUUUCAGAAGAAAUUGCUUUGAAAUCAGUACAUCUCAGUGAAUAAAAUCUGUCAGGAGUGUUCAUAAACAAUUGUGCUUGGGAAAAGUUCUUAACUUGUCCCAAAAAACUGAUAUCUUACACAUAAACAGGUAGUCAGCUGCUCAGCUGUGAGGUUUUAGGUCAAAAGCACGCAAUGAAUUGCUGAACUGACAGUCCUAUAUAUUAAAGAUGUCUGAGCUAUUCUCCUGUAUAUUUUUUUCAUGGAGUAUAAAUUCUGUUAUAUACCAUUCAGCCUUUUCUUCCUAUACAAAUCACAUAUGUAAUUAAAGCAUUCAUCCCCACAGUUUUGCUCUUUUGAAUGUGAUCCCAGGGAUUUUAAGGAUGUACCUGAAAAUAGACAGUAGGAAAAAAAAUUCAGUCUAGCCUUUAUUUAUUUCUGUGAGCAAACAAAUCUUGGCCAAUUUUAAAAGUAAAGGCAAAUGCAUGAGCCCCACUUUCUGCCAGUUGUAUUUCUUUAAGUAUAUUUAUAUUUAAGUAUAUAUAUACAAGAUUACAGAGUUGCCUCAGACAGAAAACCUUUACCCUGGUAUAGCAUUUUGAGUUUCCUGUGGAGACAAACUUGCUUAUUUUUCCUUAGAGGUUAGAAGGGUAUUUGCUGUUGUGCUGACAUUUUGCAUCAUCUUCUUCCUUUUUCAUCUGUAGGAAAAUAUGCAGUGCUGAAAUAACAGUGAAAAUACAUUGCUCCAUUUCAGUGACAUGAAUUGUAUAUGCCUGUGCAUCAGCAGGUUAGUUCCAGGGGCCAGAGGAGGAUUCCUUAAUCCCUGAUAUAUAGAGGAGCCAAACACAAUGGAUUUUUUUCUUUCUUUGAUUGUGUCACCACUUUUAAAAAUCUCUGUCCCAAAGAAGUUAUGCCUUAUGUGUGGGGGAAAAAGAGAACAUUCCAAUUAGAAACAACCUAACUUCUCUGUCACAUCUGGCCUUCAUGCCUCAAUAAUCCCCUGAGCAGAGCUCAUAAAUAAUGAGUGCUCAGAGACUGGCUGUACAAUUCCAGUACAUUCUAUUGAAUUCCAGGGGAUGCACAAAAGGAUAGCACGUAUCCUGAAGGCAAAAGCAUGUGCUGUUUUCUUGGUCUUCUUUCAAAUAUAUAUUGCUAGAAGUUUAAUCGCUCUUCAUUGAGUCCUGAUGGUAGGCUAUACAGGGCACAAAAAAAAUUGCUGUGCAUAAACAGAACUGAUUUGUAGCUGUUUCUUUAUCAUUACCAUGCUAUCUAUGUCAGAGCUUCUGUUGUAGCUUUAUGUGAUACAGUUAAAAUAUACUGUGAUUUGAAAAAAUAUUGAAAAGUACAAGCAAGCAACCAUCAAGAGACAAACUCAUCAUGUUAAAAAAACCCAAACAACAUCCCUUUUUUUCAGGUACAAAUAGUCUAAAAGAUGCAAAAAAUAACCUUAAUCUCACUUACAUGAAAAAGAAUAGGCACAUGCUCAACUGAGGUGAAUUUAUUAAUUCAAUGGACUUCAACAGACCUAUCCUUUUCUUGUUCAUUGGCAGUUUAGUUUCAUGCAGUGCCAAAAUCUUUGCAACUGUUGAAAAAGAAAAGUAACUAGAUUGUAAGAAAAUGAGCGGGAGACAUUACACAAUCUUGUUCUAGCAACCUCAGAGAAGCAUACUCAGGUGGAACAUGAAAGAAAGAUGGAAAAGCUUAAGUGAUAACUGGGUAACUUGUUAGCAGAACAGAAAUGAAUAACUCAACGUACAUAAACUCUUCCACUGAAAAUGUGAUGGCUUUGGAGAGCCCCUAUAAAACUGUAGAGGUGGUCUUUAUUGUCCUGGUAGCAGGGUCUCUCAGCCUAGUCACCAUAAUUGGGAACAUCCUGGUCAUGGUGUCAAUCAAAGUCAACAGGCACCUACAGACUGUCAAUAACUAUUUCCUGUUCAGCUUGGCCUGCGCUGACUUGAUCAUCGGCAUCUUUUCAAUGAACCUAUACACUCUCUACACUGUGAUAGGGUACUGGCCUUUGGGGCCUGUUGUGUGUGACCUCUGGCUGGCUCUUGACUAUGUGGUCAGCAACGCCUCUGUAAUGAACCUCCUCAUUAUCAGCUUUGACAGAUACUUUUGUGUCACCAAGCCUCUGACCUACCCUGUGAAGCGAACCACUAAGAUGGCAGGCAUGAUGAUCGCAGCUGCGUGGGUGCUGUCCUUCAUCCUGUGGGCCCCUGCAAUUCUCUUCUGGCAGUUCAUUGUGGGAGGAAGGACUGUCCCAGAUGGGGAUUGUUACAUUCAGUUUUUCUCCAAUGCUGCUGUCACUUUUGGUACUGCCAUUGCAGCCUUCUAUUUGCCUGUUAUCAUCAUGACUGUCCUUUAUUGGCAAAUCUCUCAAGCCAGUAAGAGUCGAAUAAAGAAAGGAAAAAAGGAAACUGCUCAAAACCAAGAUACAGUUUCCCCCAGCCUUGUCCAAAGUAAAACAGUGAAACCAAACAAUAACAACAUCCCAGCCAGUGGUGAUGGGUUGGAACACAGCAAAAUUCAGAAUGGAAAAGCCACUGGAGAGACUGUGACGGAGAACUGUGUUCAAGGGGAGGAGAAGGAGAGCUCCAACGACUCCACCUCUGUCAGUGUGGUCGCUUCCAACAUGAAAGAAGAUGAAGCUGCCAAAGAUUCCAGCCAGACUUCUGCCUCCCAAGACCAUCUCAAAGUGGGAAACUCCAAGCUGACAUGCAUCAGGAUAGUCACCAAGUCUCAAAAGGGUGAUUGCUGUGCUCCCACCAACACUACUGUGGAGAUUGUAGGCACCACUGGGGAGGAGAAGCAGAAUAGUGUAGCCCGGAAAAUCGUCAAGAUGACAAAGCAGCCAGCCAAAAAGAAACCACCUCCUUCUAGAGAGAAAAAAGUGACAAGGACGAUUUUGGCCAUCCUCCUGGCCUUCAUCAUCACCUGGACCCCAUACAAUGUGAUGGUGCUCAUCAACAGCUUCUGCACAUCCUGCAUCCCUGGUACUGUAUGGACCAUAGGUUAUUGGCUCUGUUAUAUCAACAGCACCAUCAACCCUGCUUGUUAUGCUCUCUGCAAUGCUACCUUCAAGAAGACCUUUAAGCACCUUCUUAUGUGUCAUUACAAGAACAUAGGAGCUACAAGGUAAAAAUAGUAAUAAAAGUAAUAAUGGAAAGGGUGACGAAGUUCCAUAUUAAAUUAAAAAAAACCCAACUAGAUAAAUGCCAUAGCACUUUAUGCUCUUCUACAGAAUGUGCAAUCCAGGAUAUUAGUGGAAAUACUGACAUAGAGCAUCAGCUCCACUCCUGAGAACUACAUUUAGAAACAUUUUUUUAAAUUAUUGAAAACAAAUCUUGUGGACAUGGAGAUGUUUGAGGAAUUAUUCAAGGAUAUGGACUGGAGGCACAGUUCCUUGCUUUCUACAACUAUUCUGCAGAAGGGCUUUAGAGUCUAUGAUUUUUGGUCCUUCUGUGCAAAAUCCUUGUUCUUCUCUUCCUUU